CCUUUGGCGCGGGGGUGGGGGGGCUGCCUUGGCUCCGCUCAGGCGGGCCGCCGAUUCCGCUUCCUGCGGAAAUACUCCCCGUCAGCGGCCCUUCCCCGGGCCGGAGGGCGGCUGCCCCGCGGGGCCCGGCCCGGCCGCCGCCCGCCUCAGCAGGCGGAGGAUUCCCCUUCCCCCGCCGCAGCGGCGGGGCGGGCCCUGGCGAGGCGAUGGCGCAUGAGGCGCAGGGUAAGAGCGGCGGGGCCGCCGUCCCCUCCCCGGUCCCGCGGUGAUGGGCGUGGGGGGGGGGCCCGGUGGCGGUCCCGCCGAGUGGGGGGUGCUGAGGCGGAGGUCUCCCCUUCGCGCCGCCGCAGGCGCCUGGAGCGAGGAGGCGGUGGAGCACUUUCUGAGGUCGCAGCGCAUCCCAGCGAGAGACGGGGCGGCCAUUCGGUGGUUCCACGCCGCCAACAGCAAGGCCCGAGCCGCGGAGGCCGCGAGAAGUGAUGUUCAUAUGAUAGAAGCAGAUGUUGUUCUUCGUGGUGGCAAGGGAGGAAAUGGCGACCCUAUUAUGGCUCAUCCACCUGAAACAGACAGUGACAACACGUUGCAGGAAUGGCUAAAAGAGAUUGUCAACACAGAUAAAGGCAUCAAGCUGGAUUUUAAGAGCCUAGAAGCCGUGCAGCCUUCCUUGGAGCUUCUUGAACAUGUGAAGCAGCAUUUGAGGCGACCUGUUUGGAUCAAUGCAGACAUCCUACCAGGACCUAAUGGAAAUAGUGCUGUAGUGGAUGCAAAAGGGUUCCUCAACACUGUCACUUCGUUUUUCCCAAACGUAACCUUGUCACUGGGAUGGACAACAGGCUGGCACCCUGACAAGUACAAUAAAGGCUAUGAUUGGAUGAUGGUGAAGGAAAUGGCUCAGAUAUGCAGUACACUUCCCCAGCCUGUAACUUUCCCUGUAAGAGCAGCAUUAGUACAACAGUCAAUAUCUGAGCUCUGUUGGUUAAUGCAACAGUCAGAUAGAUACAGCCUCACUGUUUGGACAGGAAAGGAAGAUGCAUAUUCCAUAGAAGAUUUGCUUUACGUCCGAGAAAACUUUGAUAAAAGUAGAGUUUAUUAUGACAUCUUAGAGCCACAAAAUUCUGAAUUCAAAAAAGCCAUAGGAGUAGCAUAGUAAAUACCAAGCAGGCAAUCUCUGACCUUACAAUACUUAGCUUCUUUAAAUGUGGAGAUUUCUUGUUCAGGAAAAUACAAUGUCCAUCCCAAAGAAUUGUAUAGAACACAGCGGUGGUUUUUGGAGGAGUUUUUGCAUAACACUUUAUUGAAAGGCUUCUCAAAGAGAAAUUUAAUGCCACCUUUAAUAGGUCAGACUUGUUACUCAUGAUAUGCAUGUUCCCUCUCAUUCAUCCAGUGGCAUGUAGUAAAGUUUACUCAUGUUACCUACCUUAAUAUACUAGUACUUCUUCCCUGCAAGCAUAUAGAGGGGAGAAUGUUCCCAGCUGAUAGUUGUGGACCAGAAUAGUUUGCUACUAACUGCUUUUGUGUAAGACAAAGUCUGUGAGACAGUCAGUCUCUACCAAAGCCUGGUUUUGCCUUUUAUAGAGGAGGAGAGGAGUCAAGACUGUAUUAAGUACAGAACUUGCAGUUCCCAAAGGGGUUGUUUUGUAGCUCGUCUUGAUACACUCAAUUUUUAAUGCCACUGCAAGUAAUAAUGUUCUAUCAACAUCCUAGUCAACAGAAGAUUCUAUUUGCUAGAUGUGAGGAGUGGGAUCCAAGAUGCUACACAUUCCAGGGAAAAAGAAUGGUUAUUUUUACAGAGUUAAAACUAAUCAGGUUUUCUGCAAUGUAGUAAUUGUGCAUUCCCCACCACAGCUUGGUUCCAUGCUUUCUGAGCCAUUGGCAGUAUAGUCCUUGAAUUGUGAGAAGGCUGAGUUGGGGUUGUAGCUGCACUGCAGGAGGUGGUGGGGCAAACAGAUCCACCCCAAAUGAAUAGUCCUGUCCUGUACAUAGAGCACAAAGAUGGAUUAGAGUGAGGUACACAUCAGAGACAGCAUCAGAAGAGCCACAAUAUAAGAGGGGAGUGCUGGUGAUUCUUCCAAGAGUUUGAAACUAAAUUUAAACAUACCAGGAGUUACAUAGAAUGUUCUGCUGCAGUCUUUUUGAAAGCCAGAGGCUCUAAGAGUGAAGUAGCUGCACAGUGAUUAGUGCUUACAGCAAAAAUUGCACGUCGCUGUGAUAGCACAGUUAUUUUCUACAUUCUCCUGGGUUUUUUUAAUCUUUUUAAUACUUUGUAUUCUACAAAUUCACAAAUUUUAAAAAUUGAACUUCCCUUGGAAGCUAAAAUCAUUGCGACCCUGCUUAUCACCCGUAGGAAAAGUCCAGCCCAUUUAAUUUCAAUCAUUUUUUGCCUCUUUUGCUUCUACAUCCCUUAAAAUGAAUACAGAUACUCAAAUCUGCAGAUUGAGACGCAAGCUGGGUGUUGUUGCCUUCUGCCAAACAUUACAAAGGCUUUUUUCACAAUGUCAGAGGAGAUUUUGAUUCCUAAAUGAAAGCUGAUUCUGUGAAGAGGCAUUACCCUGUCACCCUCUUGUCCUGCUUUUCCUGUUCCUCUCACAUGUUUCCUGCAGGUAUUGUGUUAACUUUUAUGUUUUACACAACACUGGACAGGCUGUUAGUACUGAAGAGUUAAUUACAGCAAUUUUUGGUUCUUACAUAGCAUUAGUACAAAUGUGAUAGAAAAGUUAGUUAUAUUUAUUAAUCCUAAAUCUUGAAAUACGGUGAUUUUAUUCAGUCAUUAAAAUUCAAGAUUCUUGGUUGUUACCUAUGCUUCUUCUCCAUGUUUAACUAUUUUAUGUUCUUAAGGGGUAGAGCUUCUGUUAUUUUUGUCACCUACUAAGAUACAAUAUACUUGGAUAAAAUUAGGAAACAUUUUCCAAAAUAAGGAAAAAAACUAUCUAGUUGGAAUAGUUACUUAAUUUAAUUUGCACAGUCAGUGAGCAUGAAUGAUGGUAACCACCAAAAGGUCACGUUUGGCAGUGUGAUUCCUUUUAAUGAACUGGGAGAAAUUAUUUGUUGUUUAGUUCACUGUGACGUGAUAUGAUUUGAACAGAUUUAACCUCUCAGUUCUUUACAGCAUCUCUUUCUUUGAGCUUUGCAUGCACAUUUUGCUGUACCAUGGGAAUAAGAGAGAUUGUUUCAUAACUGAUCAUAACUAUGGAGAAUAUUUUAAAUACUUCAGAAAGACCUUUUUCUAACCCAGACUAUUUUCACUAAAACAGUUUCAGGAGUUUCUGCAUGAACAGAUAUGCUAGCAGAUUUGAUCAUGCUGUACUCUUUUCUGGAUAAUGACCCUUUCACCUAACUCCUCUUCGGGGAGAACAGGAUAUGUGAAUGCCCAAAGGUCCAGUUAACUCAAGUUAUAGAUAUUUCUUUGAAUUGUACAUACAAUAAACUGGUAUGAAAUAGUAUAGUUCUGAGGUUUUUAUGUUCUGGGAUAUACCAUUGAAAAGGAACAAGGGGACACCGGCCAGCUUUUGGAAUCAAAUGCAACAUAGCUGCAUUAACCAAAAUGAGUCAGGCAGGUGUCUGAAUAACAGAAUUUGCUUUUGUGAGACAUAAAGGAAAUCACUGUAGCCAUGUUGAUUUAUUGAACGAAAGGUGCCAUUAAAAAGCAUUGAGUUUUUUGUAUUAUUCUUACUGAACACUACUAGUUCUAGGCUUAGUCGAGAUUUCUUUUCAGGAAAUUGCUGGUCGUUCAGGAGCAGCCAUACCUUUAUUUCUGAUAGAUUUAAAGAGAAGUGUAUAUGGUCAUCCUUUUGUUCCAUAAUUUCUAUAAACGUUUAGAACUAGAAGGAAUUCCUAGAGCUUGUUUCAUUUCCUUGUUGCAGGCAGUUACAUUUACUGACUUAAGGAGUUUUGUCUUUCAGUUGAUUAGGCCUUUUUGAGUACCCACUGGCAAACUUUUUUGUUACUUAGAAACCUUUUUUUCCCUUAUCAGUUCCCACCUGAAGGUUUAGGACUUGUUAAAACUGGUUAAACUACCAAGUAAAAAAACAUCAGCAAUUGCCAGAAGUAUUUUUAAGGGUGCCGACAUUGUGGAAGAAGUAUCACUGGGUAAUAUAUGUGGAUAUGCAUAAACGGGAAUAUUCAGGUAAAAUUAAAAGGUGACAUGAUCUGGAUUACCAGAAAAAUUAAUUAAGCUAACAAGACAUGUAAAACUAGAUUAAACAAAAUACUAGAAAUUAAUUCUAUGAAGCAUUCUUGCAGUGACAGAAGAGUUUUCACUAUAUGGUGAAUUCAGUUAUUCUGUAUGGAUUAUCCUAUGUAUCUGAAUGUCUGCAUGUAUUUUUACUCAUGGAUCUUUGCUAGUUUCCCGUUAAGUUGUUUUGUUGUUUAUGUCAGUCUGGUCUGACUUGCACAUAAAUAAAUUCAUUUGAGUUUGUUUCCCUGUUUUCAUGCCAGUCUUCAUACAAAUGCUUUCCUUCUAAAAUAAGAUGUGUUAACUGUGGGCUGGCAAUAAGAUAAUAAAGGUGAGAUGAAAGCCGGUUAUUUAUUCUGUUGGAAGCAGGGACCUGUGGCAGCUCUCUAUUACUCUAGCCGUUGCUGACUUGUCUUUGUUUUCUACCUUCUGUCAGGGAUCUAUUCCUUGAACUUAAAACUUUGUUAAGGAGUUAUAAAUUUUGCCACUUCUGUGUAAUCAUUUUCUCUAUCAAUUGCUUCAUGUCUGUUGAUAUCUUUCAGCCAGGUUUUUAGACUUGUCCCUUUUACAUGAAAAAUCUGGUUGACUUUAAUGGAAUUAAGUAUUGUUCAGAAUGUCCAUGUGAGUUAAUUGAUUAAUAAAACAUUUCUAAUUUACUGCAA